AUGCCCCAGGAUAAGCCGAUGCUCCAAGACAUCUACUCGCCAAGAGCCGUCAAAGCGCGCCAAGCCAUUGUGACUGCUGGACGGGAACAGCGUCUCGAAAUAUUUUGCGAAGCACUUGAGAUGGGCCAACUGGACAACCUUCAUCUUGACACUGCCCACGAGGCAGAAGCCAUGGCCAUCCUGUCAACGUUGCACCAAAGCCUAGACCUGGACCCUGACGAGCCUCGACAACCCAUACCUCUGUCGAGUGAGGAUGCUGCCCGAUUUCAGAUCCGAGUUGAUCGGCGAGCAGCAGCCACUAAUACCGGAACUCUCCCUUCAACCACGUCCGAAGCCCAGCCGGCGACCCCAGCAUCGUCGACACCCAAUACGGCUGCAUCCUCCGAGUUUAAGGAGCCAGGCGAGCUGGAAGGCGAAGGCGAAGGCAAAAGCCCAAGCCACAAAGGUGUCGCAGAGCACACAUCGGCUGAUGUGCCGGCUGAUGACGCUUCUACCACAAGCGCGCAGCCCGUGCCCAUCGACCCAACACAAACCAUCACACUGCAUUCGCCCUACGUGCCAGAUGAGCAGCACCAGAGCGAUAUUUUGACUGCCCUGCGCAGCAUUCCUGGCUUUCGCCGAGCUCACUUCUCCAAGCCUUCGGACGGCCGUCGCAAGCGAAUGGCUUGGGCCACAUUCUUUGCUGCGCCAGACGUUCCAACCCAUCUCAAGAUUGAGGUGACGGGCGCGGGAUACAUUGAGUUUCGCCAGACUGAUGCCACCUAUCGCCCCAUUCGCAAGGGCACAGUCACUUUGCAGCCCAAACACGACCUUGAGCUGGCACGUUUGCUGGCCCAACACCUCGAUCAGCGCGCCUGGAACCGGGCCGUCUGUCCGAUUGAUGAUGCGCAUGCGCAUGCCUUGAGUCACUACGCUCUCUAUCUUCGACUUGUGCACAGCUACGACUUGUAUGGGCAGGUUGAUUUUUCUGAGGAGCACCUGCGUUGCGAUCGCCUGCGGGCCAUGACCCUGCCUCUGCCUUGUGCUGAGCCCUCAGAUGAGGCCUCAGCCGGGGACGGAAUGUCCAGCCCAGAUGCGCCAGCCUGGCACCAGACGGUUCGCACUAGCUUGUUGGAGUCUGCGGAGGAUACUCGCGCCAGCGAAUUGGGCGCUGAAUCCCCUGAGCGGGCUCGUGCCAAGCUUAAGGACCAAUCCUUUACGCUACUGGACGAUAACGUGUGCCAGUGUCGCCUAUGCGAGAAAAAGUUUCGUGGUGCCGAGUUUGUGCGCAAGCACCUGGACAACAAACACGCCGCAGCCUUUGAUACGGCCGCACAUGAAGCGGAGAUGUACCGUGCCUACCUCCUGGACAGACAUCGGCCCCACUUUCAUGUUCGAGAACCCGUGUCCUUGGAUCCUGCACCGGCCUACGCAAAUGUCACGCUUCGCGAGCUGACAGACGCCGCCGGUGCACGCUGA